AGACGUCCGCCCGCGCAAAAAGGCGGGAAGCGCCGUUGUUCGCCUGAGGGCCGAGCGGCCUCGUCCGAGUUCCUGACUGAGGAACUGAAGGGUGGGGGAGAAGGCGACGUUUCUCGCGGCUUCUUCCUUCACAGUUGAGCGGCCUCAAGUUACAUAUAAGCGGACUAGGCCACGCGGCUGUGAAGGAAACGCUUCACAGUGUAACUUGCCGAUACUAGGUGGCGCCGGUGAGCUAGGGCAAAUUUGACGUAUCUUUCAAAGCAGUUUUUUAAAAAGCAUUUCCACGGCUGGGCACCGUGGGAGUUGUAGCACACCCUCCGAUGAAAAGAGAGACGUUUGAUAUUUAUACCCAGCCACUCUGCGCAGCUGCCAACACAUAUAAAUGUAAUAAAACAUUGAGCGUUAAAAAAAACCCCUAUUGUCAGGGGUUCAGGAGCAGAGGCACAGGAAAGGGAGGAAAUAGAGAGCGAGGGGGAGGAGUCCGAAGGAAAUGUUAGCGAUGACAGCGGUCCGAGGUCUCUGAGUCUUUCCAGCGAAUCGGAAGAUUCACAGAAAGGGGCUCCCUUGGUCAGAGCAAGGGGGUGCCGAGGGGACACCCCAGGAAGAUGGGGCCUGCGGGGACUAAUUUAGCAGCAGUUGGAAAUCAGGACCAGCGUCCACAAAAGAGUGCAGGCGGCGGGAGGAGUCCCAGGCAUCGGGAUCAGGCGGCGCACUGCCAGUGGGAGGACAUGAGUCAGGAUUGGCCACGCCUCCAUCGGGGAGCGAGGAAACGGUCGAGAGGAAGGUUGAAGGCUGGGCGCGCGCGCCAAGUUCAAAUGUACAGGAGGGCGGCGCAGUUGGCAGCCCGGAUAGGGAGCCAGGUCCCAAAGCCCGCCGAAAAGAGGGGGAGGAGUCAGCGGGGUCAGCGUCAGAAGAAUCCAGGAAGGAAGGGACCCCGGGGGGUAGCAGGACCCAGAGGAGAAAGGAGAGACGUAAGAGGUGGAGUAAGGCUAGAAUCUUAAACUGGUGUACAGGGGGCGGAGACUCAGAUGGAGCUUCGCCGAUCUAACCCCUAGACGUAGAGCUGGGGCGCUCCGGCUUGAAAAUGGAAACUGUACUUCAAUAAAGACUUUUGUACAUUACUGCCGGCUAGCGUUGGUCCUCUGUGAGCUGGGACCUGGAGCCAGCUCUGACACCUAUGCUAUACAGCUAUGCUUUCAGACAGCUCGGGGGUUGGAUAACUCCACACCCUCCAAUGAAAAUGGGGGCAUCGUACCAUACCCUCUGACAUUUCUGCAAGGAAAGUAAGGGCAUCCCAUUUCAUAAUGAUAAUUUUGCUAUUUAUACUCUGCCCUUCUGACUGCGUUGCCCCAGCCACUCUGGGCAGCUUCCAACAUACUGUAUCUAAAAACAUCCUAAAACUUAAAACGUUUUUUUAAAAAACUUCGCUAUACAGUGGUACCUUGGUUCUCAAACUUAAUCCGUUCCGGAAAUCCGUUCCAAAAUGGAAGCAUUCCAAAACAGAAGCACACUUUCCCAUAGAAAGUAAUGCCAAACAGAUUAAUCCGUUCCAGACUUUUAAAAAGAACCCCUAAAACAGCAAUUUAACAUGCAUUUUACUAUCUAAUGAGACCAUUGAUCCAUAAAAUGAAAGCAAUAAUGUACUGUACUAUUGAAUAAGACAGUAUUGUAGAUGAUUAAAAUUAAAAUUAUUAUUUUUUCUUACAUGCACUGAUGAUUGUCAUUGUUUGGAUGGGGGGCUUUUAUCCAAUUCUGCAGUCACAGAAUCAGUCCGUCAUUAGCUGAACUGGGUUCCACACAGUCACAAAAACAAAUUAACCGAAAAAGCCUCAAAAAUCCGUUCCGGAAGUCUGUUUGGCUUCUGAAAUGUACAAAAACCAAGGUGCAGCUUCUGAUUGGUUCAGGCACCCUGGAAACAACAGCCGACAGCCACAUCGGAUGUUCGGCUUCCGAAAAACGUUCGAAAACCAGAAAAAUUCCCAGUUUUCGGCAUUUGGGAACCAAGGCGUUUGAGUACCAAGGUACAGUACUACUCUAUCUAAAAACAUAAUAACAGCAUGCAUGAACAUUCCCCUUGGGGAAAUUAGGAACACCUUAUACAGAAAAGUCGCAGGACACAAACAGAGCAGAUCCCUGCACUGCAGCGGGUUGGACUAGAUGACUCUUGGGGGUCCCUUCCGACUCUAAUAAUACCCUAUAACAGCAUUUCCCAAACUUGGGUCUCCAACUGUUUUUGGAUUACAGCAGUCCCUCCAAGUCCAGGGACGUCCUUGAUUUAGAGAAGCCGUCCCAGUUUCUCAUUUGAUCCCGGGAUGUCCCACUUUUCCUUUGGAUGCCCCUAUUUUCAAUGGAGAAAUGUUGGACGGUAUGGAGUUAUUCGACCCCCGAGCCGUCCGAAGACAGUUUUGUAUAGGAAAGGGUUUUUUUUAAAUGUUGAAUGUUUUCUUAUGUUUUUAUACAGUAUAUGUUGGAAACUGCCCAGAGUUGCUGGGGCAACGCAGUCAAAUAUGUGGGGUAGAAAUAGUAAAAUUAUAAUUGUGGAAUGGGACGUCCCUAUUUUCUUUGGAGAAAAGGCGGAGGCUAUGCAGUUCCUAUCAUCCCUGACCACUGGUUCUGCUAGCGAGGGAUGGUGGGAAUUAUGGUCCAAAAACAGCUGGAGACUCAAGUUUGGGAAACUUAAUUUUAGAGUUUGUUGAAUUGACUUCAUUUUUUAAGAACUUAACGUUUUUCUGUUUCCUUAUCUUUUAAACUUGUACCAGGCAGAGGGCCUUCUUGGCAGUGGCAUCCUAACUGUAGAUGUCAAGAAGAUGAAGAAUUACACAAGUUUUGGAAGACAUCUGAAGGCAGCCCUGUUUGAGGUAGUUUUUAAUGCUUUAUGUUUUUAGAUAUGCUGUAAGUCACCCAGAGUGGUGGGGAAAACCCAGGCAAAUGGGUGGGGUAUAAAUAAAAUUAUUAUUAUUACUACUACUACUACUUUGAUGGCUUUAUGCCUUUAAGAGAUUGAUACAUUUGUUUAAUAAAUAAACGUGUGUUUUCCCCCUUUUUGGAUAGUUUAACAUCGUGGCACAAUUAAAAUAUUGGAUUCUACCUGUGAUAUUAGGGACGUGGGUGGCGCUGUGGGUUAAACCACAGAGCCUAGGACUUGCUGAUCAGAAGGUCGAAUCCCCGAGACGGGGUGAGCUCCCGUUGCUCGGUCCCUGCUCCUGGCAACCUAACAGUUCGAAAGCACCUCAAAGUGCAAGUAGAUAAAUAGGUACCGCUCUGGCGGGAAGGUAAACUGCGUUUCCGUGCGCUGCUCUGGUUCGCCAGAAGCGGCUUAGUCAUGCUGGCCACAUGACCCGGAAGCUGUAUGCCGGCUCUCUCGGCCAAUAAAGCGAGAUGAGCGCCGCAACCCCAGAGUCGGUCAUGACUGGACCUAAUGAUCAGGGGUCCCUUUACCUUUAUCUUUACCUGUGAUAUUAACCCGGAGGUAACUGCAAGGGUGGCUGAGUUUCUGUUAAUAGUAUCUUUUAGAGUGGUGAAUGGCACAGUUUAGCAGGAAGACACUCCAAUGAAAAAUUAUGUUGCUAUAUAUCUCAUGUGGUUGUUUCUUUGCUUAUAUUUUUUAAAAAAUUGUAUAUGGGUGUUUUAAGAUUAUAUCUGCAAUGCCUAAUAAAGGUUUGUAGAAAUAAACAAAAAACCCCAAUGUUUUGCACUGUUAUUGUUUUAAUUGUUUUCUUAAAUUGUAUUAUGCAAUGGCUGUUGCUGAUUUUUAUUCUGAGCUGCUUUAAAAAAGCUUGGUUUAUUAAUUUUUUUACUAGAUUUUUUAGCCUCCCUUUCAGGGUGUCUGUCAAGGUGUCUCCCCACAAGGGAGUUCACAUGAUCAGGGACAAAAAACAAAACAAACGUACUGUAUAUCCUUGCUCUUCCUGUGUGUGGCAAUUAUUCUGUCCGUGAUGUUUCUUCCUGUCCUUGUAAAAUAUGUAUUAUGCCUAUUUUUCCCCGGUUCUUGCUGUUCUCCAUCAUGCUUUGGGCAGAGCUAUUAGCUAUUAGCCCACACUUACAACAUAUAUAAAAACACAACAAAACAUCCAACAUUAAGAAACAAAAUUUCCUAUAUGAGCAACAAACCAACCAAUAAAUCAAUGGAAAUCAAUAACAGCAGCAACAAGAAUAACAAAAAUAAACAGUUUACAGUUAUACCCAAUUAAAACAACCUCCAAGCCAGUAUGGUGUAGUGGUUAAGAGCGGUAGUCACGUAAUCUGGGGAACCGGGUUCGCGUCUCCGCUCCUCCACAUGCAGCUGCUGGGUGACCUUGGGCCAGUCACACUUCUCUGAAGUCUCUCAGCCCUGCUCACCCCACAGAGUGUUUGUUGUGGGGGAGGAAGGGAAAGGAGAAUGUUAGCCGCUUUGAGACUCCUUAAAGGGAGUGAAAGGCGGGAUAUCAAAUCCAAACUCUUCUUCUUCUUCUUCUUCUUCAAGCCCAACAGAACAUUUACUGGUAACCAACCCAAGAAAAACAAAACCGAGGAACCAAAAUUGGAAACAUUUAAAACAUUUUUGCCAGUCGCCUCAACCCGAGAGUUGUUCUCGCAAUGUCCCUCAGGCCUCCCAGGAGCCUCUUUUGGCUGUUCAAGGUGAGUUUGGGCUCCACCUCCUAGGCCAGGUAGAUGUGGGUCUUGCAGCAGGGAACAGGUUUUCCUUCUGGCACUCGCAGCAGCAAAUUACCGUAAAUCCCAUCCAUCUAUCCAAGGUAAGUGGGAUGUGAACUUAAUGGGAAAGUUUGCAUACCCCUCAAAGCCUUACCCAAAGCUUACUGCUUUUCUGGUUUGAAUUACUCCUUGAGAAGUCCCUAUCUGGUGAUAUUUCUUUUCUAAUUUUUAUUAAAUUUUUCUAAGUUACAUUUCAAAAUAUUCAUUUAGACAGCCUUAAAUCAAUGACUUCCCUUCUUCUCUUUCUGUGGUUCAUUUUGCACACCAUACAUUCCUGCAUAUUUUACAUGAACUAAACCAUUCAGUAUUCCAUUGUUACCUCCAUCAAAACUUAUUUACACUGUUGAAUUUAUCUUAAUGCUAUUUCUUGACCAGUUCCCCAGGGGCAGUUCCUCAUUCUCACCAAAGUCCCAAACAGUUGGAAACCUCGGUGAGGAACUGCGAAGCAAUCUACCGCUGUGUGUCAGAGGAAGCUUUCGCUUCCUCCCAAUAUCUCCAUGACUGGAGGGGGGGGUCUCCUUCAAGACUGACGUCUUCCAAAUCAACGCAAUCAACAGUUAUCGGAAGGAAUCAGUCCCUUCUGCACGGCCGAUAGUCACCAUUCCAAAGCUACCUAAUGUUGGUCACAUGAGCACCGUUGCACACAUUUCGCAACCACCCGCCCUCGUGAGAUCCAGAAGCUUGCCCAAAAAUACCACACCACAAACGCCCACGAGUCACAGGUUGAGCAAUAUGUUCCUUUCAUUUCACAGAUUCAAUGUUUGUUUGUUUGUUUUUUAAAUCACAUUUAAUUGGUGUCGUCAAAAGUUUUUGGGUGGUUUUUCCGGAACUGCCGCCUGGCAUCCAGAGAUUUCUUCUGAAAUCAUUGCCCCAAAUAUCCUCACUAAACAACCAGAUAAACAGUCCCUCCAACACUGGAGAGAAGCCUGUGGAUUUAUUUUGUUCUGCUUUUGUGGCAUGAGAGUACCAUAAAUUUAUUUCCCCUUUCCAGUCAUCUAUGUUAAUGUCCCCAAAUUAUUUUUGCUCUCUUUGUCUGUUGCUCAUAGUUGUCUAAAACUAUCAGAUUUGACAGACAUCUCAUUGCUUGGAAUCCUGCGUAUAAUGAAGAGGGUCCUUUUGAUGGACAAAGCGAUACUCAGGAUUAAAUUUUCCAACGUUCAAGGGUGGAUGUGAAUUGUAGGAUUUGGGAUGACUUGCCUGAUGUAGCUGGAGCGAAUCCCUCCUCCUGGUUCUCCACCUUCCACUUAAUUUGGUCACCUGGUUGCAAUCCUUCACAAAAGGCAAAAUAAAAAUUCUACUUGUUCCCGAGCUGGAAACUUUGGAUAGUUAUCUGGGUAAAAUAAUAAAAGAGGACACCUGUUCUGAAACAGUUGUACUGGCUGCCAAUUCGUUUCCAGGCCCAAUUCAAGAUGCAUCAUGUUCGUGCUUCAGGUUGGCCCCAAAUACCGGAAAGACCGCCUACUUUCCUACAAACCCUCUGGGGUGGCCAGAUCAGGGGCUGUAAGGGGGAGGCUAGAAAAAAGGACGGCGGCUGCAGGGCCUCCAAGAGUCCUGCUUUUCUCGGGACUGCCAUGGAAAGCUUUCAGCCGCCACAGGUCCUUUUUUAAAAAUAAUGUUUAUUUGAUUUUACAAGUAUAAAAUUAUAGCAAUACAACCAUCCACAUCAACAUUUACAGAUUUCUCCGAAGCUCUGGACUUCCCACCUCCCCUCCAUGGGUCCUAUUAUUAAACCUUUUCUACUGCAUCUUUUCCAAUAAUCUAUAUUUUAUAUAACAUCAUUGUCUCCACAGUCUUUGCUACAUUACAAGUGUGAUUGCAACCCUGCUAAUGUUUCCAUCUGCUUACAGUAGUCUCUUGAGAUAAGUUAUAAAUUUUCCCCAUUCUCUAUUAAAGUUUUGGUCUUCUUGGUUCCUGAGCUUUCCAGUCAGUUUUGCCAUUUUGCCAUAGUCCAACAGUUUAAUUUGCCAUUCUUCUCUGGUAGGGACUUUAUCUUCUUCCCAUCUCUGGGCUAACAACAUCCAUGCGGCUGUUGUCACACACGUAUCAGUAGAAGGGGUUUGAAUGUCCUCCUUGGGUGUGCUCUGGACAGCAGAUCACUGGCAGAGCACAUCUUUCUCAUGCAGAAAGUCGAAGGUUCAAUCCCUGGCAUCUCUGAAUAGGAUUGGGAAAGAACAGCCCCCCCCCCCCCCAGGAAGUGCUGCCAAUCAUUCUAGAGACAAUACUGAAGGACCCAAGGAUCAAAAUGAUAUAUAAUGAGUUGAAAAAAGUUUAAAAUAAACUUUGCUUAAAAAGCUUGAAGCCUUUCUUUUAGGAAUUCUAGAUGCUGAAAUCCCAAGGGAGCAGAAAAGACUAUUUACGUACGAGAUCAUGGCUGUGCCAUUGUUACUGGCCCAGAUAUGGAAAGAAGAUAAAGUCCUGACCAGAGAAGGAUGGCAGGUGACGUUGAUGGAUUAUGUCGAAAUGGCUAAAAUGACUGGAAGAAUCAGAAAUCAGGAAAACCAAAAUUUUAAUAAGGAAUGGGGGAAAUUUAUAAUCUGUUUUAAAGACCAUUGUAAACAGUUAAAAUCGUUCGUAGGAUUAGAAUAGCACUUGUAGUUUAAGGGUGAAUUCUGGACACAAUGGAGAUGUAAAAGAUUUGGACUAUCAUAAAAGAUACAGAAGGAAAUGAUAAAUAACAGAACCCACAAAGGGGAGGAUGGAAGUCCAGGAAAUUCCUUGAAAUCUUGUUUUUAUGAUUUAUGUUUGAUACAGCUCUGUAACAUUUUAAUCUGAAAAACCAAAUAAAUAAAUUUAUAAAAUAGAAGGACCCAAGGAUCUGACUUGCUACAAUACAGCUGAUGUUGCUUCGUGUUCUCGGUUGCAACUGGAAGCAUUAAGAACAGGAGCUUUGAUAUCCAGUUUUGCAUAUAUGAGCAGCAUUCAUCUGGACGUUAAACGACAUUAACCUCUUGACAUUGGUGGGAACUCUUGGAGCACAUCAAGAAACCAGAAUAUGAUGCCAAAGCUGAAAUCCAAUAUGCUACUUGGAGAUUAGAAUUGCUCUCUUGCCCACCCCCUCUACUCCUGAGUUAUGAAAUCUAAGACAUGUCAAAUAAUAUUGUUAGCCUGAAAGACACCUUUCAGAGAAUGAAGAUGGGAUAUCAACAGGAGACGUCUGAAGUCUUUGGAUUGCAGCUUAUUGAUGCUUCUCCCAGCAUAGCAUUUGUGCUUUGGACCGAAUCCCAUGUUUCUCCUUGGGGCUUAUUUCUCAGCAAAUAUGCACAGGGUGGACUAGCGGGUGCUGACUGUAAAAGCAGUAUUUAAGUGAUAGGCGCUAUAUAAUUUACAAGUAUUUUAUUGUGAAUUGUCUUCUACUGUAUAUGAUCACAGCCAUACCAGAGGUAUAAAUCACAUUUGAAGCACGUCUCCUGCAAAGAGCUAACAGGCUAAUAAUUUGUUAAUGGUGCCAGGAAUAAUUGUAGCUCUGUGAGUGGUAAACUAUAGUUCCCAGAAUUAUUUGGGAAUGUCAUGUGGUUUAAAUGGAUGGUGUGGAUAUGAAUAUUAAAGAGAUGGGAAAUCUGCAUAAAGAUAGUGGUGUUUAUUUCAGGGAGUUUGGGUUUGUCUGUUGCAGACUUUUGCCAUGUAAAACACCAGUAAAAUUUCAGGUUCUUGCAUUAGCAUUUUCUCUCUUUCAUCCAGUCUUGGCAAUCUAGGACAGUGGACUUUCCACCCCCCAUCUGAUCUACCUGAAAAUCUUUGGGGGGGGGAAUGGUUCUCAAGAGACCACUUAAUAAAUUUCUUAAUAAAUAUCAUUUUCAUAUGCUACUUCCUGAACAGAUUAGAGAAUCAAAAUAUAUCCUAUCAUGGCC